AUGUCCGGCUACACCUCUGGGUUCAGCAGUCACAACCCUAACACCUCCGGCUCCGGCUCCGGCUCUGGCGCCGGCUCAAGCGACAUUAGCUCAUCUGCCUGGAAAUCCAAUGCCUCCGAGAUCCGUGACGUUAGCAAGUCGUUCAGCUCCACGGCUUCGAGCUCGACCGACAGCAAGGUCAAGAGCUACGCCGCAUCCGAGGCCUCCCGAUGGGAUAGCAUGGCCAAUAAUGCCGAUUCCAUGGCAGAUAAGAAGUAG